UAUUUAUCAACCAGGGUCAUGUGGAUUAAUUUAAAGCUUCCUAAAUAUGGAUUUUUGACCUUUAGAAAAGGUUUAUUUUGAGACCUGUUCACGUUUUCCUCCAAAACCAAAAAUGUAUCAUCGGCUGAAAAAAGUCAAAUACAUUGAAACUGGGAUGAGUAAAUAAUCAGGAAACCAUUUUUGAGUGAACUGUUCCUCUGCAUUUACUCACAAAACACAAAAACCACACUAAUAAACGUCUGACAAGCGUUAAAGUUAGUCUACAGUUCACAUGUUUCAGAAGAUGUGAGUCGUAUGAUAUGAGGAAGUGAAGAGACUAACAUCAUAUCUAUCCUCUUCAGGAAGUGAUGGUGUGAUGAUCUCCAGAGCAGCUGGUGUGUGUUUGGGGCUGAUGUGUGUUCUUCUGCUGACUGCAGUCAUAGUGUUGUGUGUCACCUUCAUUCAAGAGAGACAACAGCUGAAGACUAAGAUCACCAACCUCACUCAAGAGAAAGACCAGCUACUAACCAACAAUAUGAACCUCACAGAAGAGAGACAACAGCUGCAGACUAAGAUCACCAACCUCACUGAAGAGAGAGACCAGUUGAAAUCAGAAAGAAAUGAUUUUCAGAAGAAGUUUGCGGAUGGAUGGAAGUGUCAUCAAUCCAGUCUUUAUUUAUUUUCCUCUGAGACGAAGAACUGGAAUGAGAGCAGAAGAUACUGUAGAGAGAGAGAAGCAGAUCUGAUCAUCAUCAACUACACGGAGGAACAAGAUUUUGUGAAGAAUAUUUGUGGUUCUGAACAUUUCUGGAUUGGUUUGACUGAUAUUGAAGAGGAGGGCAGAUGGAAAUGGGUUGAUGGCAGCACACUGACCUAUAGGUUCUGGAAGUCUGGAGAACCAAACGACUAUCAGGGAAAUGAAGACUGUGCUAACACUCAUUCAUCAGGAUGGUUUGAUACUAAUUGUGAUAGUAGUGUUAAAUGGAUCUGUGAGACGAGUAUCCUUAAAUAAAUGAUACAUUAUAAUAAAAAUGUACAUAUAUGCAUCAUGAACGUAUAAACAUGUCAGUAAUUUUACCUGUUUAUUUUUUUG